AUGAACAACUUACUACAACCCUACCCCAAAACAGGGGCCACUGCCAAGAAGCGACCAGCAAGCAGAAAGAAACGGUGCCACAGAUUCUGUGGAGUCCUGCUGGCUGUGCCCUCAUUGAGCACCGGGCUGAUUUCGGGGUUUGAGACGGGGAAGGAAGAGGUCCAGUUCUAUCCCCGACAACGGAAAAUCCACCAAGGAAGCCAGCGGCCAUCAUCUUGGAGAGCUGACAUCACCACCGCCAGUUUCCGAAAGAUUGCAACAAUAAAACAGCUAGAGACCGCCCACCGGCUGGCAACCACCCGCCUGCCCACUGCCCGCUCGACUGGGCGGCUGGAGACUGCCUGCCUGCCGGCGACCACGUGGCUAGACCCCGAGGUGUGGCCCAGCAGGUACGGCGCAGAGACUCUAGGAAGAGGGUCUGAGGAGCCUGUCUCCUACCUUGUCCUCCAGACGUCAUCCUUUCACAACCAUUCCUGGGCACAUCUGAGCUCAGGCUGGUUGGGGGAGCUACAGACUCACAGCUGGAACAGCAGCUCUGAUGCCAUCAUUUACCUGUAUCCCUGGUCCAGGGGCAACUUCAGUAACAGGGAGUUGGUGGAUCUGGAAAGGUUUCUCCGGGUAAACUCCAUUGGAAUUCGGGGAUUUUACACUAAUAACUUCAUGUCUGAAGAUCCCUUUGAUCUGCAGAUUACAAUAGGCUGUGAACUGCACUCUGGGAAGGGCUUCCUAGGCUUGAAGCAGGUAGCUAUCCAAGGAUAUGAUUUCCUGAGCUACCACAAUAAAACAUGGUCACCAUCUCCAAAGGGUGGAGAAGAGGCCCAGAAAGUCUGCAAACUGCUCAGUCACAACCAAGGCUACACACAUAGGAUACAUAGUUUCCUCAGUGACACCUGCCCACGUUUCACCUUGGGUCUUCUAGAUGCAGGGAAGGCUCAUCUCCAGCGACAAGUGAAGCCCGAGGCCUGGAUGUCCAGCAGACCCAGUCCUGGGCCUGGCCGUCUGCUGCUGGUGUGCCACGUGUCUGGCUUCUACCCAAAGCCCGUGUGGGUGAUGUGGAUGCGAGGUGACCAGGAGCAGCUGGGCACCCAGAGAGGUGACAUCCUGCCCAAUGGUGAUGGGAUGUGGCAUCUCCAAGCAACCCUGGAUGUGGCAGCUGGGGAGGCGGCUGGCCUGGCCUGCAGGGUGAAGCACAGCAGCCUAGGAGGGCAGGACCUCGUCCUCUACUGGGGUGCACCUCCUAGUGCCCUGGGCUGGAUCCUCUUGGCUGUGACAGUGGCCCUGGCUCUUCUGACAGGUCUUGGAUUUUGCUAUAUAAAGGCACGAUAUAUUCUGUCAGUGUUUUGA